ACCCCAUGUCCAAGCUUGUUCCAACCUCUCGUCCGGAAUGGUCGAAGGAAAACGGAGUCUUCCUGCGGGGCUUUCUGUCAGCCUUGGCGUCUGGAACCUUCACAGGGCGUUGCACCGGAUCGACCUCUCGAAUGACACCUGAAGACGCCCGGCUUGCGGUAAAGCAACUCGGGAAGCCGGCGUUAUGUAAAGAGCGAUGCGGUGAGUUUCGAUAGUGCGGGUUGGCAUUCAUUCUUAACUGAUUGAAAAAACAUCAACCGCCAUGCCUGGAGUUACAUCACACCGUGCACUUUUCCCAAAUUACUCUCAAACCACAAGCCUUUGCUUCUGUGCUUUCAUCAUCAGACCAAUCUCAGUCGAUAUUACCUCACCCACCAAUCAUCAAGAUGCCUAGCCGUAUUGUCGAAGACGAGCUCACCGAGCUUGUCGCAACCCUGUCAUCAGCUUCGGCUGAGCUGAAUAAGUUCCUUUCCAAGCGCGGUCUUGAAAAGCUCUCCACCGAAGCCGCUGCACCCAAUCUCGAACUCACUCCCGAGAAUGUGCCCUAUUUUCAAGCAAAGACAUCAAUCGUUGAUGCCGCAGAACGUAUUGUUCGUCUGGCUCGCGGACCCAGAGACACACUCAUCACUCUGAGCUUUGAGCACUGCGCAACUGCUUCUCUUCAAAUUGCUCUCCAGUACAAGUUAGCCAGUCAUAUUCCACUUGAAGGAAGCACAACGUAUGCAGCCGUUUCUAAAGCAGUCGGCAAGCCCGAGGCUACCCCAGCCCUCGUCGAGCGUACUCUCCAGCACACGUCUUCCUAUGGCUUGUUCGAGGCCCAGCCAGGCGGCACCGUCGCUCACAACGCCAUGUCUGCGCUUCUCGUGACAGACCCUGACCUUGAAGCAUGGAUGGACCUGAGUGCCACCAUUGCUUACCCCGCCGGUGCUUCUGUUCCCAAAGCGCUGCAAAGCUACGGCUACAGCAUGGAGGCGAACGAGUCUGCCUACGGAGUCUCAAUCGGCAGAAAGAUCUCUCAGUUCCAGCGCUUCCGCGAGGCGGACGGCCAGCAACUGCACGACAUGUUUGCCCGUGCCAUGCGUGGUAUUGCGGUCGGCGGUGCUUACGACCUACGUCACGCCGUUGACGGCGGCUACCCGUGGCACUCGCUGGAAAAAGACCACAUCCGUCUCGUUGUUGACGUUGGUGGUGGCCCUGGCCAUAUUUCAAUGGCUCUGGCCAAGAAGUACCCAAAGCUCCAGUUCGAGGUUCAAGACUUGCCAGAGACUGUCGAAGUUGGGGCCAAGUCCUGCCCUGAAGAGUUGAAGGGUCGCGUCACUUUCCGUCCGCACGACUUCAUGAAGCCUCAGCCUGAGCACAAGGUUGCCGAGGGAGAAGGAAUUGCUUAUUUCUGCCGUUUUAUCCUUCACGACUGGAGUGACAAGUACGCCCAAAACAUUCUUCAGAGUCUGGCGUCAUCUCUGAGACCCCAUGACCGUAUCAUCAUCAACGACGUCGUGGUUCCCGAGCCAGGACAAGAGAGUCGUGAGAGGGAGCGUCGCAUGCAUGAUCGGGACCUUUUGAUGUUGAUGAACCUUAAUGGUCGUGAACGCACGAGAACUGCUUUCGAAAGCCUCUGCAGCGCAGUGACGCCCAAGCUCCACGUGAAGACAGUAUUUCGCCCUGAGCUCGGGGAACUUUCUCUCAUCGACAUAGGUUUGGCGUGA